AUGCCCCAUGUGAGAAGCCCAGAGUAUAAGAAACCCGAGGGGUUUGAGCUUCAGUAUGUGGAGGUGGUUCAUCGCCACCAUAAGAGAACUCCAUACGCUUCGAACGUGUUUCCAAAGGAGGAUAUUGGUCUUUCUUGCGAUAGAGUAACCAACUUCUACUAUGGCCAGGCGGUUGCACAUAACUACAGUGCCCAGAUUGGCUGGGACGCUUAUGUGGAUCCAGAAAACCCGUUUGCUCACCAGUAUGGGUUCAAUGGGUCUUGCCAGUUUCCUGAGAUUAGCGAAGGUGGUUUGGAGGAUUCACGUCAGCAUGGUAUAGACAUUUUCCAGAACUACCAUGGCAAGUUGGGCUUUUUGCCGGACGAAUUUGACCCUAAAAAGAUUAAGUUUCAGGUAACGAAUAACCAAAUCACGUCUCAAGUCGCUGGCGCUUUGAUUGGCGGGAUGUACCCAGACCUAGAGCAACAGAGCGUGGACGUUAGCAUACAGCGUGCUGAUUCUGACUACUUAGAGCCAAAGUAUCUGUGUAUUGGAGCAGACAAAACCAAGAAGUUCAUCUUGUCUUCUGAAGGCUGGAAUGAGCAUCUUGAAAGAUCAGAGUACCUUUUCAACGAAUUGGAUGCCAUUUCUGGAGUCAACCCAGACAACAAGGGCUGGCACGUCUCGUGGGACCACUACUUUGACAACUUGGCUCAUAGGUUGUGCCACGGGCUCCCCUUACCUUGCAAAAUAGACGAUCCUUCUACGUGUAUUACUGAAAAGCAAGCAGAACAAGUCUUCCGUUUGGGCGACCAUGAGUACAACUACCAGUACCGUGAAGCACCUCAGCUGACCUUGUACCUGGUUGCCAAGUACGGCAUUUUCCUUCAAAAGGUUCUCCAGCACCUCAAUGAAGCCGCUUCAGGUUCCAGCGAGGUCAUUUACCGCCAUAACAUUGCCCAUGAUGGGUCUAUCUCUCCCUUACUUGGAGCAUUGCAAAUUGACUAUUUGCGCUGGCCGGGUAUGGGUGCCGAAGUUGUGUUUGAGCUUUGGAAGAAGGAAGGCCAGGACUUUGUCAGAGUCUUAUACGGCGGUCAACCGUUGGUUACACUGACACCAUUGGGUACUUUAGACUUGGUGCCCUUGGAAGAGUUCGCCAACUACCUUGAACUGUUCCUCAAGGAAAACAACGUGUACGAGUUGUGCCAGUAG